AUGUUGCGGGGUGGGGGUGGGGGGUUGGGAGAGUCGGUGCGAGAGCUAACGGGCCGAGGCGGGAAAAGAGCCGCGCACGCGCAGCUGGAAGCUCUGGCGUCCCGGGAUGGGGCCAGGGAGGGCGGAGUUUCGAGAAGGAAACUUGACCACUUAGCGACGGGCCGGGGGCGGUGCCGCGUUCCCCUCCCCCUCCAGGCCGUUGGCGCUGCUCUCCCCAAUUUUGGGGCGGGGCGCGUUCCGGAGUCUGGCAGAGCGGUCCCCGGCGGGAGCGCGCCGCGGGCAAAUGUGGAGGCUGCGGGCGGGGCGCCGAAAGGGCCGAGGCCGGGGCCGAGGCCUGAGUCCUCCCAGGCCUUCCCCUCUUAUCCCCCGCCCCGGGGGAGGGGCUCCGUGGAGGGAGCGGCGCUGGACCAGCUGCAGCUGCUGGAGGAAGAGCUGAGGAGCGUCCGAGAGGAGCUGUGCCAGUGCCAGGCUGACAAAGAGUUUGUGUGGUCUUUGUGGAAAUUCCUCCAUGCAGCAAACCCAGAUCUCACGGAAGCAGUCAGUCUGGUUGUGGAAAGAGAAAAAACUAAAGCUGAAGCCAAGGAUAGAAAAGUGUUAGAAAUUUUGCAAGUCAAAGAUGCUAGAAUAAAGGAGUUGCAAAAGAGAGAAUCAGGAUCACAACAGGAAAUAAAUACCCUUGUAGAAAAGAAAAUUGCUGUGGAUGAAGAAAAUGUUUUCUUAAAGAAAGAAUUGAGUGACUUACAGAAGAAAUUUAAAGAUCAAAGUCAAGAGCUUAAGAGGGUACAGAAGAAGGAAGAGAAAAACGUACUAAUUAUCGAAGAGCUAGAGGAGGAAAAUAAAGAAUUAAGUAUACGCUGCAGUGAACUGCUAAAUGAUCUGGAGAACCUGAGGAAGCAGGAAACACAGUGGAGAAGAGAAAAACAUGACAUUGAUUGCAAAAUGAAGACUUCUGCAUCUGAUUUAACUGAGGCAAAGAGACAAAUUGAGAACUCACGGCUUAAAUGCAAUGAAUUGGCAUCACAAUUGGAUCAAAAGCAGACUGAAAUAAUGCAGAAGGAUAUGGAUAUCACUCUAGUGAAGAAAGAGUUGCAGGAGUUACAGAAUAUUUAUCAACAAAACCAGGAAUACACAGCACAGCAGGCAGAGCUGAUCCGGCAACUUCAUGUUCUCAAUAUGGAUACACAGAAAGUAAUGAGAAAUCAGGAAGAUGCCCACACAGCUGAAAGUAUAUCCUAUCAAAAACUUUACAAUGAAGUACAAAUUAAUUUUGAAGCAAAAAAAGCAACCGAGUCUCUGCUCCAGAAAAAUAUUCUUUGUCUUAAGGAUCAACUAGUUCAGAAGGACCGGGAUAUCAUGCAACUGACAGAAAAAAUUGAUGAACUUGAAAAAACUUUACACUUAGUGACCCGUACCCCUUUUCUAAAUAAUAUGGAACAGGAAUUUCAACAGCCAUCCUUAUCUAGUCUAGAAACCUUAAUGGUGUCACAACAGUCUGAAAUUGACUUUUUACAGGAGAAAUUGAAAAUAGCAAAUUUUAAACUGUCAGAGAAGAGUUCUUCUACCAGUAUUUGUAUGGGAAGCAUCAUCUCAAGAACUGGAAGAAUAUACGAGGAACCACCUGUGAAACGUUCAAGGUCUCUGUCCCCAAAGAGGUGUUUUAAAGACUCAGAGGACCUCAAGAAACUUAAAGCUGCUGAAAGGAAGAUUGAAAACUUAGAGAAGACACUGCAGCUAAAGAUCCAAGAAAAUGAUGAGCUAAGAGAUGCCCAUGAAAAACGCAAAGAAAGGCUGCAGAUGUUACAGACCAACUACAGAGCAGUAAAAGAGCAAUUAAAACAGUUGGAAGAAAACUAUAGCAAGACUGACAGAAACAAACAAAUGAGGAGAGGAGAGUCCCAGCAGCUCCGACAAGAAGAUUCUAAUGCUCUAUGGAACGAGCUGACAUAUUUCAAAAGGGAACACCAGAAGCUAUUGAUUGAAAAUGUGAAUCUUGAAGAGGAGUUGGAUCAACUCAAAGUUUUUAGAUCUGUCAAAGCAGCUGAAAUGCAAGAAGUGAAUGCAUAUCUGGAACAACAAAGAGAAGAACUACUCUAUAAACUUUGUGAAGAUCAAGAAGUCAGUAAUGAUACUUUAGAGAAGAAACUGAAACAAAAGUCAGAUGAGACAUUGCAAAAGGUUAUUGAUUUGGAAAAACGAUUGAAAGCUUUUGAGAAAAAGUCAAGGAAACUGAAAGAAGCAAAUAAAAAGUUAAGAAAAGAAAAUGAUGAAAUAAAAGCUUCCUGUAAACAGCAGCAAGAUGAUGCAGAAGCAAAAGAAAAAGAGCUAACCCUUCUACAGAAAGAGAAGGAAGAUGUGGAGAGAGACAGAAGUAUUCUUGAAUUCAAGAUCAGGGAGCUGGAGUUGGAAGUCAAGUGCCUGAAGGAACAAGUAGCAGAAGUUAAUUCUCUGAAGAAAAAAGUGGUGGAAAUCAACAAGAUGAGACAAGAAAAUGAAAAGCUGAGGAAGCAGUUACAAGAAAUUGAGGACCCAAAUCAGAUUCAGAAAGUUCAUAGAAUUCAGGAGAUACAGGGGAUGCAGCAGAUGCAAGCUGCUCAGCUGCCAACACGGCUUCCAGCACAGCUACCAACUCAGUCUCUAGUCCAGGCACCAGAAGUGCUUCCAGCCCAAAUGCAGCUACCAGCACAGCCUUCAAGCCAACUACAAGUGGAGUCAGUUCAGCUGUACCUGAACAAAGCUAUACCCAAGGAGCCCAGGUUGGAAGUGGUGAGCACUGAACAAUGUAGACAAUGUAAGACAACUACCACCAAGGUUAAAUUUAAAGCAGCCAAGAAAAAAGGUGCCACGGGACAUCCCCAGACUUUUCUCAAUCAGUCCAUCAAGGUUAUGAGCAAUAUGUUUGAGAACUAUAAGGACGACUGGGAGGAUGUGAGUGAAAGCAGUGAUUCUGAAGAACUGACCUCUGAAAACCUAGGAACAAUCAUUGUGGAAACAUCCCAAAAAGUCAGUCCAAGAAAAGAUAAAGGGGAGCAGACAGAAGAGCAAGCAGAAGAGAAAGAAAUUACAUUAGCUAUAGAAAGUCCAAUCAGAAAGGAUAUCAAUAAUAAGGAUUAUAGAAGAUCAUCUUCACAGAAGAAGAAAAUUAGUGCUUUGAGGAGUGCAUAUGCACCAGCCACUAUUAAAGUUAAGAAAGAAAAUGAGAACAAUGUAAAUGCCAAGAAACCAGUUGCAUCCAUGCAGCAGCAAAUCAGUAUGCUACAGGAUUUGAAAAAGUCUGCUGAAGCUUCUUUGAAGGAAUUAAAAGAAGCCAAUGAAAAGCUUACACAGCAACAACAAAUAACUGAUCAAAAACUUCAGACCACCAAACAAACCGUAAAGAAGCUAAAUUCAGACUUGGCUGAACUUCGCAAAGAGAAAGAAGAAUUACAAAAGAAAUUGGAGGCUGCAAAUGAAGCUAAAUCUGCAAUAGAGUCUCCUUCAAAGAAUAUGCAGGCAGAAAUUAAACAGCUGCAGUGUAAAUUAAAGAAUACAACAAAUGAAAUGACUAAACAGUCAUCAAAUAUAAAGUCUCUAAAAUGUGAAGUAAAGGAAAAGGAAGAACAGAUACUGGAAUUUCAAGGAAAAGUGUCUCGAAUGGAGAGGGAUUUAGUCAUGAAGAGACAUUUGAUAGAGCACUUUAAGCAUCGACAGAAAGUUAACUUGGAAAAUAAUGACAACUUUAAUGAUUUGUUAGAAAAUCUUGAGAAAAAGGUAAGAGCAUUGACUGAAGACUGUACUAACAAGAAGACAGCAGUUGAUGCACUCAAGCAAAUGCUUAAUGUAGUUACAAAAGAGAAGUCACAUUAUGAACAGAUGUAUAUAAAAGCUAAAGAUGAGCUGGAAAGAAAGGACCACAAGCUUGCUCACCUAUUAAGUAAAAUGAGUGAGACAAAAUCUGCUAUGACAGAGCUUGAAGCAACUGCUUCCCAGCAGCUCCAUGGAUUAGCUUUGCAAAGUGAACGGGCUUUUGAAAUAGUGCAAAUAAAACUAAUGAGAGCCAAUGACCGAGAGGAAGAAUUCAUCACAUUUGUGAAGGCUUUAGUUAAAGAAAUACAACAUAAUGUCCAAGAGAUGAGGUUGCAAAUGAGACGUAUUAAAAAAAUAGAGCACAAUAAGACACUUACCAAAACUGCAACCCAAAAAGUCCAGUGUUUAGCAGCUUCUAUCCUAAACAUUUCACCAACUGAUGUGGAAGAAAUGCUAGACUCAGAAGAUGAAGAGGAAUCCAGAGAUUCUAAAAAGGCCUGUGAACAAGAUAAGGAGUGGUUAAUAAACAUUAAUAAAAUUCUUGAAGGACAGUUUCCAUUUGCUGCAUGUUUAUUAGAAGCAAUAAUGGAAAAAAUAAAUGAGAAGAAGAAACUAGUUGAAGACUAUAUUAAAUUUAUGAAAGCUGUUGGAUGA